AUGUCGAGCUCUGAGAUGGACUCGUCGUCGCUGGACAGCCAACUCAGGUUCGACGCGUACGCGGUGCUGGUGGCGUUCGGCGUGGCGGCCGUCCUCGUCGUCUGCUUCUGGCAGCUCUACAAGCUCACCGUGUCCGCGCGCCCGCAGGACAUGCUGCCCGUCUCCUCCUCUGGCUCCGGCGGCGGCAAGGCUCCGAGGCAGAGCGACAUCGCGGCGCUGCCGGUGUUCGUGCACGGCGGCGCGGCUGGCGUGGAGUGCGCGGUGUGCCUGGCGGAGAUGGCGGACGGGGAGAAGGGGCGGCUCCUGCCCGGUUGCGGGCACAGGUUCCACGUCGAGUGCGUCGACCGGUGGUUCCGGACCAACUCGACGUGCCCGCUCUGCCGGGUCGCGGUCUUCGGCGAGCCGAGCGCGGUGGAGGCGCACAAGGUUGUCCCCGCGGCUGCUGCCCCUGCCGUGGCUGUGCUGCAAGUUUGA